UUCGCUGGUACUCCGCUCGGAAAUUUCUAUUCUUGCAUAUGGAACGACGGUAGACGAACAUCACGGAUUUAGACUAAACAAAAACACGAAUUCGACAAUAUAAAUAUGGAAAGAGGAUGGCUGCAAAUAUGGACGUGUGUAAUUGUCGCCGUUAGUGUAGUCGUGAUAGAAUGCAGCGGCAGCGAAGUCUUCACGAAUAGCUUUCUUGUUAAACUCAACGAAGAUGGAGGAAACGAAAUGGCCAAUAUGGUCGCAGAGAGGAGCGGAUUCACAAACCUCGGACCGGUAUUGCGCUCAAAGAGGGAAUUCCAUUUCGUGCACCGAGCCCUGCCUCAUGCGCGCAUGCGUCGAAGCAUCCCGCACCACAGAAAACUAAAGAGCAACCCCUUGGUACAAUUCGCGACGCAGCUGACGGGGUUCAAGAGAACGAAACGCGGUUAUAAGCCAUUACAUUUGGAAGAAUCUCUGCUGAAGGAGGAGAAGAAUCCUACCGAUCCCUACUUUAAGUAUCAGUGGUAUCUGAAAAAUGAAGGACAAGCAGGAGGCAAGCCUAGGCUGGACCUCAACGUCGAGUCCGCUUGGGCUCAAGGGUUCACCGGGAAGAACGUUACCACAGCCAUCAUGGAUGAUGCUGUGGCUUUUAUGAAUUCCGCAUUAUAAUUUCAGAACGCGGAAGCCAGCUACGACUUUAGCAGCAACGAUCCUUAUCCGUAUCCCCGCUACACCGAUGAUUGGUUCAACAGUCAUGGGACGAGAUGCGCUGGAGAGGUGUCGGGAGCUAGAGAUAACGGCGUCUGCGGUGUCGGCGUUGCCUACGACUCCAAGGUGGCUGGCAUUCGCAUGCUCGACCAGCCCUACAUGACUGACCUGAUAGAGGCUAACUCGAUGGGCCACGAGCCGAAUCUCAUCGACAUCUACAGCGCCUCCUGGGGGCCGACCGACGAUGGCAAGACCGUCGACGGACCCCGAAACGCGACGAUGAGGGCCAUCGUGAAAGGCGUGAACGAGGGCCGUAAUGGGCUAGGCAGCAUCUACGUGUGGGCGUCGGGCGACGGCGGUGAGAGUGACGAUUGCAACUGUGACGGCUAUGCGGCGAGCAUGUGGACAAUCUCGAUCAACUCAGCGAUCAACACGGGCGAGAACGCGCGCUACGAUGAGUCAUGCAGCUCGACCAUAGCCUCGACGUUCAGCAACGGCGGCAACGAUCCCAAUUCCGGCGUGGCAACGACCGAUCUUUAUGGGCAAUGUACGAAGAGCCAUUCCGGUACAUCCGCUGCAGCACCAGAGGCGGCCGGUGUGUUCGCGCUGGCAAUCGAGGCUAAUCCGAUGCUCACCUGGCGCGAUAUGCAGCACCUGACUGUCAUGACGUCGACGCGAAACUCGCUCUACGACCACAACGAUAAGUUUAAGUGGCAGAUGAACGGCGUCGGACUAGAAUUCAACCACCUGUUCGGCUUUGGUGUACUGGACGCCGGCGCGAUGGUGUCGCUGGCGAAGCGAUGGAAGACUGUACCGCCGAGGUUCCACUGUGAGGCCGGCAUCAUCGACACCGCGCACGAGCUGCUGCCCAACGACAGCAUUGUCCUGCACAUCGACACAGACGCCUGCGCCGGAACGGACACGGAAGUCAACUACCUGGAACACGUGCAGGCAGUCGUGACGCUGAAUGCAACCCGGCGGGGUGAUACUGCGCUGUAUCUCGUAUCGCCACUUGGCACCAUGUCGAUGAUUCUGAGCACGCGUCCGAACGACGACGAUAACAACGACGGCUUCACCAAGUGGCCGUUCAUGACGACGCACACGUGGGGCGAGAACCCGCGCGGCAAGUGGACGCUCAUCGCACGCUUCGAGGGCGAGGAGCCGCAGCAAGGCGUCGUCAAGGAGUGGUCGCUGGUGCUGCAUGGCACCAAGCAGGCGCCCUACGAGUACCAGACCGAGGUCGACCCCAACUCGAAGCUCGGCGUUGCCAAGAAGGCGCACGAGAUCUACAGGAAGGAGGCUGCCUAGGUCAUCGCGGCUAGCCUCUCUCGCUCGCUAGCCUCUUUCACACACCACGUGACUAUAUAGUUUCUCGAGCGUCGCAUGGGUGUCACGAGACGUAUUUGCGCGCGUUCUCGAAUCACGAUUGGGGAAAUUGAUCAAGAAAUAUCAGGCGUUCAGCUAUUGAAAAUAUUUCGUACAGGAGACGAAAUGGCACUACACUGCGGACUGUUAUGCGGAGCCUUCAUUUGAAUUAAGAAUUUUUUUCGGAAAUCGAAACCCGCAGAAAUUUGACUCGCCCCGACGCAACUGCAUGCUAUCAAGAAAAUAGUCACGUGGUUUUUGAAACUUGCGUAACAAGCCGUUAAUAAAAUGUCUGUGUGAUGGCGCCACUGUAUCGCGGCGGGAACGUGACGCACAGGAUUAAAAAAUCUCGCGCAGUUUGUACAAUAGCCGCACAUUAUGAAAACAAAGAAUUUCGUUCUUUAUUAUCGAAUACUUAACUAUGAAGAAAUCACGCCCUGUUUUAUGUGACAAGCUGUAACACGUUAAAUUAAAAAUGUCGUAUAUAUUUAUCGUUACUCGCGCGUAUAUGAACUGUUCUACGUGCGAUGAGGUUUCACUUAAUAUAUUUACUUGCUAUACGCUUAUGCUCCCGAUCACCAGGCUUUAUCACUUUCUUCAACAACGCAGUGCACGGCCUAUCGAGAAGCAUUACGGCGGCUUUUUACCCCCAACUCCUUACAGCGUUACUUAAACCAGGUGUUCAGUUAUUUGAGGUCGGUUCGAUGUAGCCACGAUGAUUGUAACGAGAAUCUGCGUAACUGCAUCAACACUCAUCGGAGACGUGUCUCUUAUCGUCACAUCUCGGUGACGUUUCUCGAAACGUACUUCAACACAGGCUCGAUAGUGUUUCUAUGAUUUCUAGUUUUUCCACAAGAUUUUCAGUAGAUUUGGGUAAUUGGUAAUUUCGAGAAACGCCAGCCGGAAGUCUCCGGGUAACUUAAUUGCUGGUGUAACAGCUUUACUGCUUGUGUAACGGUGAUGAAUUAAUGAACUGUCACUUGGAAUACUGAUAAUGGACACUGCCAGGAAAAUGCCUCCUAAAGUAAAGACAAUGAGGGGAAUACAAGACAGGCGAAUUUACUUACUGAAGAAGGUGUAGGACAGGGAACUGGAUCGGUUCUUCGCGUUAAAAUAUUUUACCGUCUUACGUUUGUCCGAUUUCCCAACCAUCCAUUGUAAUGAAGUUACAUCUCUCGCUAUAUAUUCAAGCUAGGGUAUUUGAUCUACUUACGGAAGGUAAAGCGAUAAUAAUGCUGAAUUUAUACGGUAGCAGGAUAAGAUCAGAAAAGCGGUUUGUUAUCAUCGUGAUGUUGUCUCUAGAGGUGAAUCGUAGAUCCUCACACGGUGGCUAGCCGCCUGUGCGAAUAAGCUGUCACUAAAACCUGCAGUCGUGUUCGGCGCAUAGAAAGCGCUCGUUAAUCGUCUAGCUUCUUUUUUUAUUGGCGAAAUUAGCCGAGACUUGUGUGACACACGGGUCGCAAUCACACGCAGGUUGCUGCUGUCACUCAUCUUACGGUGGCAGUCGUGUGACUACUGUAAAACGCAGGUUGGCAUGACACGCGGGUUGCUGUGACACAGGUUGCCAUUACCCUAAUGCUGUGGUUACACCGAGGUCACUGUGACAUGGAGGUUUUUGUGACAUACAGAUUGCUGUGUCAUUCAGGUGACUCUGACAUGCAGGUUGGCAUAGUAGCGUGUCGAUGUGUGUAGCCUUCUGACCGCCGUAGCAUGCGAGUGUGCGUGAUAUAUACCGGCUGGUAUAGUUACUUGGUGCAAGUGCUAUGCUAUUGGGUGUGGUUACUUGCUGAACGUGGUAUGCCGGUUGGUGGGGUUUAUUGCUGACCUUUGUGAGCUGGUGGGUGUGGUUCUCUGCUGAACGUAGUAUGCUGAUUAGCGUAGAUCAUCUACCGAUGACUAUCGCUGCAAUGGAAUCCGGGGUUUACCCAGACACCGAUAUUGCAACGUUUACCUCUGACAUGAGCAAAUGGUACGUCAUCGGUGCGUAAAAUAAACGGCGGGUGACCAUUUGCUGUUCCAUCAGCACCUGAGAGCUUAAAAAGGAUGACGCAGAUAGAAGUCAAAUUAGGUGAACUCUCCGCUGAUCAUGCACGAUGAAUUCGCAAGAUACGGAAUAACGUGCUUGAUUUUGCUAAGUUAAAAUUUUUGCUUAAAUACAUAUGGUAUAAUGAAUUGAAUGUGAUUUACCUAAUUCAUGGCUUAUUACAAAUAUUUUACAGCUCAUCAUCGGAGAUGAUCUGCCAAUAAUUUGAGAGAAUUCCUCAUUUAUUAAGUUUGUUACACAAAAUCUGUUAAACAUUACCACGUAAUAAAUGUAAGAGAGGCAGUCUA